CAGAAACUCCCAAUUCGGAAACGGACAACAUUUGUUUUCUGUGUAUACGUCUGAUGGUAGACCAAUAACGUGAAACCACGAUUGCAAUGAUAUUAAAAGACGAUGUGGAUGAUGGUUGUUUACAAUUUUACACAACUGUUCAAUUUUCGACGUCAAGAUAGAUUUCACUUCUAAUUGUGAAUUUUCUUCAAAAUUUUGGAUUUUAGUAUCACUUGUUAGUUCUAUCGCUAAAUUUUUUUUUGAAGGAAGAUAUGUUUUACUGUGCUAUAUUGUUAAUUUUAUUAGAUAUAGUUUUUGAUGCUGUUGGUGGAGUAAGUCAGUCGGAAGUUGAUAAGCAUUCAGAUCUCGGUAAAGAAUUUCUUGCUCAAGGAAAACUACAAGAGGCUCUUACAUAUUACCAUGCAGCCGUAGAUAGUGAUCCGAACAAUUACUUAACAUAUUUUAAACGAGGAACUGUACACUUAGCAUUAGGGAAAGCUAAAUUUGCUUUACUUGAUUUUGAAAUACUUUUAGAACUUAAACCUGAUUUUAUCGUUGCGAGAUUGCAGCAUGGUAAUAUUUUAUUGAAGCAAGCCUUAUUUGAUAAAGCAGAAUUAGACUUUGCAAACGUGAUUAAUAUGGAACCAAACAAUAAAGAAGCAUUAGACGGAAUUUCUAAGGUGAAAGAAUUAAAAGAACAUUUAGAAAGAAUAGAGUUUUUAGUUGAUAAGCAAGAAUAUAGUUCAGCAGUCGAACAUAUUACAAGUAUUAUUGAAGAUUGUCCAUGGUCUCCUUAUCUUCGACAACUCAGAUCUGAAUGUAACGUUGCUCUGGGUGAACAUAUCAAGGCAAUUGCAGAUAUUCGAUCUACAACCAAAUUAAUAUCUGACAAUACACGAGGUUUUUAUAAUCUUUCGUUAUUGCUGUACCAAGUAGGAGAAGUCGACGAAUCUUUAACGGAAAUUAGAGAAUGUCUCAAGUUGGAUCACGAACAUAAAGAUUGCUUUCCGUUUUAUAAAAAAAUAAAAAAGAUUUCAACAUUAUUAAACAAAGCGAAAAAUGCACAAGAAGUAAACGACAAUGAGGAUUGUAUUAAUUUAGCUAAUCGAGUACUUAAGGAGGAAUCUAAAGUGCUGGAUGUACGAUUUUUGGCUGUAAAUUUACUCUGUAUAUGUUAUACUGCUGAUAACAAAGUUAAUAAAGCAAUUUCAAGCUGUGAUGAAGCGUAUAAAAUACGAAAAGAAGCUGAAAUUCUUUGUAACAGAGCAGAAGCUUACCUUGCUGGGGAAAUGUAUGAUGAUGCUAUUCGAGAUUAUAAAGAGGCUUUAGAAAUCGAUUCAAAUCUUCAGAGAGCAAGAGAUGGACUUCAACGUGCACAACAACGGCAAAAGUUGUCAGAAACUCGAGACUAUUAUAAAAUCCUUAAUGUCCCGCGAACAGCGUCAAAAAGAGAAAUUAUCAAAGCUUACAGAAAAGCAGCUCAAAAAUGGCAUCCGGAUAAUUUUCAGGAUGGCGAUGAAAAGAAGCAAGCAGAGAAAAGAUUUAUAGAUAUUGCUGCAGCUAAGGAGGUUUUAACAGAUGAUGAGAAGCGAGAGAAGUUUGAUAGGGGCGAAGAUCCUUUAGACCCAGAGUCAGGAAAACACCAAGGUUUUAACCCUUACCGUGAAUUUCAUCAGUUUCAUGGUUCACCAUUUCAGUUCAAAUUUCAUUUCAAUUAGAUUCAUUAAAUAAUUUUAAUUUUUUACUGAUGACUAUAAAAUAAUAGUGUUAGUAAAUGGUAGAAGCAUUUCGAUUCCUCUUUUCCUUCCUCCCUUCCUAAACUUAAUAAAGAUGAACAAAAAGUUUAAUCGGAAUUCUUUCACAAUCUAUUAACACAGUUAUAUCCAUUUAACACACAAAUUUGUUACGAAUGACAAUAGGGCACGAUUUAUUUUUUAACAUACAUUACCAUUGCCAUCGCGAGAAGAUUUUGUCAUUUAUAGCAAAUUUGCGUGCUAACAAUUAUCUAAUUGUAAGAAAUAGACAUUUAAAAUCUAAUACGAUUGUAAAAAUUUAUUUUGAUUUUAGUAGUUAUGUUUUUAAUUUUAAAUAAACGAAUGAAUCGAAAAAAUAUAUAUGUAUUGUAUAGAAAUGAAGAAUAUAUCAACACAAAUUAUUCAUAGGUAUCCAUAAUGCUUUGUAGCAUUAUUUCAAGUAAUUAGAAUUUUAUAUAUUUAUCAAGUUAUUAAAAAAUGUUCCCUUGUUUAAUUAGCAAUGUUAAAAAGACUACCAAAAAUUUGUAAUCUUACUAAAUAGGAGAGAGUGAACUACAAUGUAUAAUUUCAAUUUUCUGGAAAAUAACUUUACAAAACUAUACUAAACUCUAAAUAAAAAUAAGAUUUAUGUACCUACACUCACUAAGUCCAAAAAUCUCAUUUUUAAAAAAGUAUUUUCCGCGAGCGAGCGUGUGUGUGUAUUUAUAUGUAGGUAUAUAUGAGGCAUUCUUUGUCAACUGAAGCCCCCUUCUGCCAAAAAAUAAUUUAAAUAUGGAAAAUCAAGUAUAUGCUUAUUACUUCAAUAAAAACAAAUACUUUUCGAUGUCGUGUGGCGUUUUUGAAAAUUCAAAAUGGCGGAUCCAAUUGGGACUAAAUUUCAUGAAAUUAAUUAAAUUCACUUGAAAAUUGCCACUCAGGGGUUUUUGGGGUCGCUGAUUACGAAUCCGAUGAUGGUUUUAAAAAAUUUAAAAUGGCUGAUCUAAUAUGGCGACUAAAUUCCAUAAAAUUAAUUAAAUUGGGGUCGCUGAUUACGAAUCUGAUGAUAGUUUUCAAAAAUUCAAAAUGGCGAAUCCAAUAUGGCGUCAAAAUUGAUAGCAAAUGGUUUCUCAAGCAAAAAUGUCUAUUACUUCUAGAUUAACACCAGAUUCGUAAUCAGCGACCCCGAAAACCCCCGAGUGGCAAUUUUCAAUUGAAUUUAAUUAAUUUUAUGGAAUUUAGUCGCCAUAUUGAAUCCGCCAUUUUUAAUUUUUGAAAACUAUUAUCGGAUUCGUAAUCAGCGACCCCAAAAACCCCCGAGUGGCAAUUUUCAAGUGAAUUUAAUUAAUUUUAUGGAAUUUAGUCGCCAUAUUAGAUCCGCCAUUUAGAAUUUUCAAAAACGCCACGCGACAUCGAAAAGUAUUUGUUAUUAUUGAAGUAAUAAGCAUAUGCCCGAUUUUCCAUAUUUAAACUAUUUUUGGGCAGAAGGGGGCUUCAGUUGACAAAAAAUGCCUCAUAUAUAUAUCACGGUGGUCUUGAAACAUUUAAAUGCUUUUGACACAUGUCCUUUUCAAAUUUUGGAAAAAACGUUUCUGUACCACCUACUGGAUUAAUUUUAACUAACAUCAAAAUCGCGUAUUAGGCCGCUUUUUUUAAACUGUACUUUUUUUAAAUAAAAAAAAGGUGAAAAAUGUUGGAAAACUAUAAAAAUUAUAUUGCUCUGAGCGUUAAAUUUGCUCAAAACAGAAUUAUAGUAUACGUAAGCGAUUAGAAAUUUUCAGUGGAGUCUAUAUUUUUCUUUAAUUAACCAAAGCAAUUGUAAUAAAACCUAUUAAUAUGUGAAAAAGCAAAAACGCCAUCAAUGACUCAAAAUUAAAUAAAUGUGACGCGACGCGAAGAAAGGGACCUAAGCGUCCAAACGGCAAUUUCACAGGAGAGAGAAAAGAGUAGGCAAGAACGUGGCGAAGAGUUUCCGAUAUCUCUUACUCUCUCUUGCUUCCCACUACUAUUUCAAGUUGGCGUCUGUGUGUUCGGGCGUCUUCGGAAAGUAAAGAGAGAUGCACCUCGUACACGUGCUUUCGUAGUGAGAGAGAACGGUGUAGUCAGCGCAUCUCUCUCUAAAUCACGAAUACCGACCCGAACUUCAAGUGACGCAUGUGUGUGUGAGGAGAAAGAGAGUCAAUUCUCUACACGAAUCGCUCAUGUUUAAAUCGUUAUUGCAAAAAAACUAUUUGAUAAAUUUUAAUUUUGACUUCACAUAAUUAAAAAGCAAUCCUUAAUUUAUCUGAAUCAAUCAUAAUCCGAAAAUCAAAAAUUGGACUCUUAGGUCCCUUUCUUCGCGUCGCGUCACAAAUUUAUUCGAAAAUUCAAUUCCUUGAACAGUAGAACCUCGACAAGUCGAAAACCUCUAUUAGUCGAAGUAAUUUUUAUUUCCCUUCAUCAGCUUUUCCAUGUAUUUGAACCUUGAACACAGGAAAAAAAGUCUUACUCCAAACAUAGUCUAAUUUUUUAUUUUGAUUAGAAAGUAGCCGAUAACUAAUAUUAAUCACAAAUAAUGGUCUAAAAAUAAGCCGUUGAGAUCUUAAUGAAGAACGAGAUAUUAAUAUGAAAAAUAUUUAGUUCUAUUAGAUUCAAAACAAGCCUUUGUAGUCUUGGACUCAAUACAAAAUUUUAUUUGCUAGAAAUGAGACGUUAAAUAUCUUCAAUCAAGCCCAUGAGGUCUAGAUACUUUUGAGUUGUAACUAGACGUACAACGAAAGUGCCCGAGUGUAAAGUGUCAUGGACGCCUCUCCAAAAAUGUGCCGCGUCUGUAGUUAAUCGGAACUAAAUGAAUUAAUUCAAAAGACUCACAUCUUCAUUCCUGUAUAAAAAAUUUAAAAACUAUGUUUAUAAAACAUUUUCAUAUCAUAAAUUGUUUGUGUCCUAUAAAUUCAGCUUUAAUUGUUAUAAGUGUGAAAAUAAUGUUAUAUAUACAACAUAAUUUUAUUACAAUUUUCUCACAAAUAUAAAAAUGUAUAAAUUAUAUACAAAAAAUAAAUUGGUCUCUUUAUGUUUUAUGUAUAUAUAUAUAUAUAUAUAUAUAUAUAUAUAUAUAUGAAGUAUGAUUUAUAUCAAUAAGAUGUUGUUUGAUGUUUUAAAACUUGUAUAAAAUUUCAAUAAUAUGGCGUUGACAGGUUUCAUAAAAGUUUAGGUUAUGUUAGCUAAUUUUUAUACCGCGCAGUGGCUUGAUUUAAGCCCAGGUUCGGGCUUGUGGCUACUUUCUAUUUCGAAAGGCAGCUUAUUGUUAGCCCCUACAGUGGGGCUAGCCCCUACAGCUUAAAGUAAGACUUAUUCUAUGAGUGAGUUAGAAACUAUAUCAGUCUAGUUUGUGACCCAUAUUGAAACUAGCUUCUUUUCGGGUUUGAAACAAAACUUAUUUUUUCCUGUGAAAUUACAUUAUACGUCGAAUUAUGUUUUCAGAAAGCUCUAUAACUCGAGGUUUUCAGCGUUUUCCUUCAGUUUCGACUUAUCGAGGUUCGACUGUAUAACAGUUCUUAUACAUUAUCAUUAAAUGAACUGUUUGACGUUGUAUAUUAAACAUGUGAGCUGUUGUAUUCACAAACAGCGUUAAAUAGUGACAUAAAAUACCUCCCAGUUUCGCAUUUAACUGUGCACUUUAUCUAUGUUUUAUUGAAAUCAAAGUGAAGAGAUUCUAUGGAUUAUUCUGAAUAGUACCCAAAACCUUUUUGUGUCUCGGUACAGAAUUCCAUGGCGUGUUAGUAGAGAAUAUGAAUCUUUUGUCAAUUAACGUAAAAUAUAGCACGGUGGUCUUGAUGGAAAAAGAAAUGCAAUGAAAAUGGAUCUUAAUUCGGGUCGUUGGGGGUUUUUCUAGAUCGUUUGUAGGUUCAGAAUAUGCAAAAUUUGAAAUCCUAGCUGCUCCCUUUUUCGAGAAAUCGACAUUUUUGUGUUUUAAAUGUAAAUUUGGUUUUAUCAAGUAAAUCAAAACUUCAAGGAUUUAUUAUUAGAGAACAAAUAGUAGGAUUAUUGUAUAGCAAACAAUUAUAUUUUUACUAUUUUUUAGUUAGUUUUGACCUUCAUUUUUACUAUUAUUAUUUUCUAAAUGUUACUUUCUUUAAUGUUUAUUACAAUUUUUAAGACUAGUUCAACGAUUUAUUACGUACAAUAAUAUUUCACUUUGAGUAACACGCCUUUGUAGUAUGCAUUUAAUACUUAAAAUGCAUAAGCGCUACGCGUAAAUUGUAUAAAACCAAAACCUACUACUAUUGCAGGAAUCUCAUGCUUUUUCAGUAUUAGAGUCCUGCAACUGUCGAUCUAAUACCGAAAAAGCAUGAGACUUCUGCAAUAGUAGUAGGUUUCAGUUUCACACGAUUUGAGUGUGGAUUUUAUGCAUUUCAAGUAUUAAAUACAUACUACGAGGGCAUGUUUCUCAAACCUUUUAAGCAUGGACAUCAAUCAUACUAAUAACCUAUGAAUUCUUACUAAUAUUACUAGAAUUUAUCUACUAUAACAGCAUGGAAAAGAUUCAUGCGUUAAACGUAUGCCUUACCAUGCUAUAAAAGCUAAAUUUUUCUCUCCGUGUACUAUUACAAUUAAAUUGUUGUAUAACUUUAGUUUUUUGAGAAAUUUUUUUAAUUUGUAUAGAUAAAUAAAGCACUGAGGAAGGUUAAGAAUUGGGCCGAAACGUUUGCUAUAAUUUUAGCAUUAAUUAUUUGGAUCCUAAAGCCCAUUCAACAAAAUCCUAUCAUAUAAUUUUAAUUUUUUUACCACAUGGAGCUCAAUCUUUUUUCCUGUUCUCAUCAUGAGAACAUUUAUCUCGAAAGCUCGUAUUGAGCAAAAGUCUACUUGAUUGACCAAGUAUAGAUUCUAGGAAAAAAUGUUAUUUCAAUAAAGUAGUGACUUUGCUUAGAAGUAUGGUAGGGAGACGCAUUAAUGACAAACCUACUACUUAUGAAGUAUCAAGAAGAAGACAAAAAAUUGAACGAAGACUGAAAUAGAGGAGUCAGGCUAUAUGAAGUGGCCUCCUGUUUUUCCAACUUUUAUAAAAAUUAGAAGUAAAUGUAUUUUGUUGUAGUAUUAAUAGUAUUAAAUGGUAUCCUAAAAGGGUUUAAAAAAAUUUUUUAAGUUAAAAAAGUUAUAAACAAUUUGAGUUUUAUGGGCGAUAUUUUUAAAAAAUUCACAGUUUUUUAAGUUUACAUUGAAAAAAUAUUUUAUGACCGGGAUUUUAUUAUUAAAUAUAUGGACUUUUAUAGAUGUAAUGUUAAUGUAAAAAAUUUUAUUUUUUAAUGAAAAAUUGGGUACUUUUUUAUAAACAAAUAGAGAUAUUUUAGUGUUCCAAAUCGAAAAAUAAAUUUUUUCUUUUAUAUUAUCAAUCUUCAAACCCUCCAGAAGAAGUACGAAAAAAAAUUUUCAGUAAUCUACAGUUUUGAGGAAAUGGCAAGAGUUUUUGUUGCGUGCCGCGCGUCACUGUAAACCUUGGCGCGUCGCACUGAUAGGUGAGCGCGCACACAUUUCGCGCUUUUACGAUUUUUAUAAGGUUGGGAUAAUUUAAAAUUCGCAUUGUACAAUGAAAAUUUUUACUUUUAAUUAAAAAAAUAUAUUAUUUAUUAUUAAAGAAAUUUUUUUUAAUAAUUUGUUAUUAAAUAAUUUAAAAAAUCAAUUUGUUAAUAAUAUUAUUUAAUUACUAAUUAAGUAAAUAUUAAUUAUUAAAUUAUUAAGUUAAAAUUUGUUACUAAAAUAUCUCUAUUUGUUUAUAAAAAAGUACCCAAUUUUUCAUUAAAAAAUAAAAUUUUUUCCAUUAACAUUACUUCUAUAAAACUCCAUAUAUUUAAUAAUAAAAUCCCGGUCAUAAAAUAUUUUUUCAAUGUAAACUUAAAAAACAGUGAAGUUUUUAAAAAUAUCGCCCACAAAACUCAAAUUGUUUAUAACUUUUUUAAUUUAAAAAAUGGUUGUAAACCGUUUCAGGAUAUCAUUUAAUACUAUUAAUACUACAAGAAAAUACUUUUACUAUUAAUUUUUAUGAAAGUUGGAAAAACAGAGGGUCACUUCAUAAAGCCUGACUCAGAGCUAAUAAUAAAUCCUUGAAGUUUUGAUUUACUUGAUAAAACCAAAUUUACAUUUAAAACACAAAAAUGUCGAUUUCUCGAAAAAGGGAGCAGCUAGGAUUUCAAUUUUUGCAUAUUCUGAACCUACAAACGAUCUAGAAAAACCCCCAACAACCCAAUUUUGGAUCCAUUUUCAUCGCAUUUCUUUUUCCAUCAAGACCACCGUGCUAUAUUUUACUUUAAUUGACCAAAGAUUCAUAUUCUCCUCUAACACGCCAUGGAAAUCUGUACCGAGACACAAAAAGGUUUUGGGUACUAUUCAGAAUAAUCCAUAGAAUCUCUUCACUCUGAUUUCAAUAAAACAUAGAUAAAGUGUAAAGUUAAAUGCGAAGCUGGGAGGUAUUUUAUGUCACUAUUUAACGCUGUUUGUGAAUAAUACAGCUCACAAACAAAUCCUUAAAGAUGAUCUAUGAAAAAAAUGUUUAAUAUAUUUUUUUUGUUUCUACCUUUUUUUGUUUUCUUGUGUGUUGGUGGUUCCUCGGGACUCAGCUUGAAUUUCACAUAUCUUCCUUUAGUAUGGAGUUGAUGAAUUUCUUUUCACCCACUCGCGACUGAUUUUCACGGUUUAUUACUCAAACUUUGAUUAAUAGUUACUGCUGACUACUGACUGCUGCUUGAUGAUUACUGAUUUUCGUGUGUUUGCAUCAGCCUUCUCUUGUGUUCAGCUGGUCCCAUUUUUCUAAAUUUCCAAGAAUUUUCGGUAGUUCUGAGUAGGCUGAUACCGAAUUGCAUGCGCUUGGUUGAAUUGCGUCACAAGGGAUGGCAGGUAUAGGUUGAAUUGCGUGCCAUGGGUAACCCUAAUAUAGUCGAAUUGUGUGCGGUGGUCGUUGUCCUAUAUAUAUCAUUUUGGGUUACACAUUUCCCUUCGUACUCUACAAUCCAACGCAAAAUGGAUGGAUGGAUUCUCUGUUUACGUUUUGCAAGGUUCUUUUGCGUUAGCCUUAUCCAGCAGGGUUUCUACAAAUCAUGGAAAUUCAUGUUGGAUCAUGAAAUUAUAGAAAUCUCAUAGAAUUUUUUCAAUUCCAUGAUCUAAGACUCGAAUUUACACGUAUUUUAAUCCAUCAUAAUUUACAUUUAUAGUGAGUUUUAAAGUAUCGUGGAAAUUUUAUCAUUUAUCACCUGGAAAUCAUGGAAUUUCGCGAAGAGAAAUUUGUAGAAACCCUGUCCAGGCUUAGAACUGGCAGCAGUAAUGCAAUAAUCCUUUGUCAUUUGUUAAAUAAAUAAAUGAAUAAAAGCAGUAAUAGCGCCUUGCGCCUAUAGCUAUACGAAGGCGAUUUGGGAGGGAACGGCACGCAAUUCAAACACAGAGAGGGACGGAUCGAAACGCAAUUCUAACAAAAAUGGAUCAUACCUGAAAAAUCGCACGCAAUUCGAAAUCACCGUCUGAGUAUAUAUGUUAAUUUAUUCAUUAGAACACAUGUACGUUUAAGCGAUGUAUUUUAGACUUGUUUCCAAAUUGUAAUCAAAAUUCACAAUUGUAAAAAUAUUAUUAUUUAAUUUUAUCUAUAAA